GUACUCGAUACGAAGAAUAAGUACGUUUAUUGUAGAAAGUGUGACUUAGCGUCGCAAGAAAGUAUUAGGAAAUUUGUCACACAAUUUAAGAAAGAAUAUGGUAAACUUCAUAUACUUAUUAAUAACGCCGGCGUAAUGAGAUGUCCAAAGAGUCACACUAAGGAUGGUAUCGAGAUGCAACUUGGGGUAAAUUACAUGGGGCCCUUCUUGCUCACAAACUUGCUUCUGGACGUCUUGCAAGCAUCCGCGCCAUCCAGAAUUGUGAAUUUGGCGAGCGAUGCCUAUCGUACUGCCGAAAUAAAUGUGAAGGAUUUAAAUUGGGAGAAUGAUUAUGACGCUGGUGGAGCGUACGCGCAAAGUAAAUUAGCUAUGAUGCUUUUUACUCGUGAAUUGGCGAACAGAUUAAAAGGAACUGAUGUUACCGUGAAUGCUGUCCAUCCUGGUAUAGUUGAUACAAAUAUAACGCGGCAUAUGUUUGUAUAUACCAACUUCUUUACCCGAUUUCUUCUUUACCCAUUCGCUUGGCCAUUUAUUAAAGCACCUUUGCAAGCAGCUCAAACCGUUUUGCAUGCAGCAUUAGAUCCUAGUCUUACAAAUGUUUCCGGAUGUUAUCUCGCCAAUAGUGAAAUCAAGGAAUUAACAGAAGAGGCCAAGGACGAUGACCUAGCAAAGUGGUUGUGGAAAGUUGGUGAAAAGUGGACAAAACUAAAUGUUGCAUAAAUAUAUGUACGAUAGAAAUAUACAGUUGUCAGUUGUAAUUUGUUUUUAAAUAAAAUAUGAAA